AUGGAAGAGGUUUCGCUCUCUCCUGUGUAAGUAGGCCCAAAGUUCUCUGAUUUGUGCUCUGUCGUCCAACCGUUAUCGCCGAUUUCAAGGAAUUCCUGCACCUGUUUUAUGGUGUUGUUCUUAAAUUAACCGGACGUUCUGUUGUCGUUUCAAAUUAUUUUCACUUCUGCUUGUGUUGUCUGCGGUUUUAUUUUCGUCCAAAAUGGCCUGUUGGCAUGGAAUAGCAAGGGGUCAUUUGCGUAUGCCUGCCUAUGUAGUCGCGGGUUUGCGAGGCAUCACUGAUCAUUAACAUGGAUUCUCUUGUCGUAUUUCCGUUAGAGCUUACCCCAUCCACUCCCCUCCACCUCCUCAUCCUUCAGCUCAUCGUCCUUCACUCCGCUCCCCAUCCUAAUCGUUAUCCCCCAUCUCCUCCUCCUCCUCCUCCUCCUCCUCCUCCUCCUCCUCCUCAUCCUCAUCCUUAUCCUCAUCCUCAUCCUCAUCCUACUUUUUCUGCAUUACAACGUCUUUUACUUCCCCUCCAUUCACUUCAUUUCGUCUUCUUCUGUAACGAUUGCCACCGAAGACGCCAAUCUCCAGUUUCGGAGGGGAGACAGGACUUCCCCAGCCAAACUCCUGCGUCCCCUCCUUGUUUAUUGUAAAAACAAUUGCCUUACAUGA